CUUCAUAAGUUCAUUUACGAUGAAUGUGGAUCCGACUUGACGUGAUUGUGUAUCCUUGCGUAGUCUUUUUGGAGAAGUGAAACGUUUAUGGCAGCAGUUUUUCUUCAGCUACAACAUAUAUCUGUCUAUUGGAUAUCAGGCGAGGAGUUUUAUAACUGCAAAAGAAACCUGUUGAGGUUACAUUACAUUAACGAUGUAUGCGGAAGAAAGCUCCAGCGAUUGUGAAGAUGAAAUGGUUCUUGACAGUGACAGUCUCUGGACUGAGAGUGAUGAACCUUGGCAGGGUGUUGCAAAUAGGAAAAAAUAUCUUCCAAAUGGAAUAUCUAAGGAUGGACAUUCUUCAGAUACAGAUACCUCAUCUUGUGGUGGCAACAUUAAUUUUCAUCCAACAAAAACUUCUUCUCCUUGUGUAGUUAACUCACCUGAUUGCUACCUACAAAAAUCAAUUGCAUUUACACCUUAUUUAAAGAUCAAUGAAAGUCUGAGCUCAAGGAAUGAAAAUCAAACUACAGAAAAUAAACAUAAAAUUACCGGUUUUCAGAAUAUUCGUAUGGGAUCAGUGUACCCUAGCUCUGCAAGAGCUUUGCAAAAUCUACAACAUUCGCCUUUUUCAUUGGCUUUAUUAAACCAUUUUAAGUCAACCUCAGAGGACGAUUCAAACUCAACUUCCAGUUACAGUGAAAGUGUAACUUCUUCAAGAUAUUCACGAGCUUUACAACUUCUUAGGAGGAACGAAGCAGAUCAGAGAUCACAGGAUCCAGAGUGUUAUAUAGGAGAAGGGGGCAGGAAAAGAGUUGGUGGAGAUUCAUCAAUAUACAAGGCUUCUUGUUGUGAGAAUGAAGACCUUUACGAAUAUGUUUGUAAUGUUCUAAAACAAGAAUGUGAUGAGGAUAUGUGUCCAGUUCCAGAUGAUUUUACCACUAAUUUAGAAGAGGAUGAUUCAUCAGAAGAUGUCGUUAUUCGUAAUAACUUGGUUAGUUUAAUGUCACAUACUGAUAAUUCUACUGACAAAGUGGCUUGGUUAUCUCACUAUAAUAGCCUUGAGACAGAGGCUUCAAAUCCAGAAUGUUUAAGAAGCAAUACAGAUUCAAGUGAGUUUACCGAAAAAGAACCACCAACAUUAGAAAGUGUGAGAAGCAAUAAAAAACCAGGUAUGCCGAAUAAUUUAUCUGAUAUGAAUUGUGUUGAAAAAGAAUUUCCAAAAGUCAAGUUAAUGAGCAGUGAAGAUUCAAGUUUAGAGUUUCACUUACCCCCUAGUAGUAUAGAUAUUGAGGAAAAAACUCCUGGAGUUGAACUUUUUAAAAGCAAAUAUGUUGAGGAUGAACCUCAGAAUAUUGAGAUUUUAAGUACUGACAUGACACACUUGGUUAAAGUGCCUCAUUUGUUGCAUAGUAAGUUUAGUGAACACAAAACUGAAGUGGAUCCAAGUAGUGUGACUCAGUUGCCACAAAACCAUAGUGGAGACAAAACUCAAGAAGUUGACAUUUUGAAAAGCAACGCAGAUUCAAGCAAAGUGACUCAUGUGUCACAUAAGCACAGUGGAGACAAAACUCAAAAAGUUGAAUUUUUAAAGUGCAAUAAAGUGACUCCUUUUUCUCAGGGUAAUUGUAUCAAUAAAGAUACUCCAAGAGCAGAAGUUCCUAGAAAAGGGACAGAUUCAAGCACAAUAAAUAGUUUAGCAAGUAAUUAUUUUGAAAAGCUGAAGAAUCAUGCAAAUAUAUUUCAUAUGAGAGUGAAAGUUUUUAAUUAUGCCAAUAGAUCAUUGGUAUCAGGGAAUCAUGAGAUAUCCUCUUGUCUUGAGCUUUACAUGGAAAGAAUAAAGUCUAGUCAUUGUUACAGUGCUAUCACUGAUGAAAUUUGUCAUUUAAAGAGUGCUUUAGAAGAAAAUGAUGCCUUAGCCAGCUCUUUUCUUUAUCAUUUCUGUAGUUAUAUUCAUUCUCUAAUUGAUCUUCAGUCAGGUAUAACUGAUUUGAAUGAGUUCUUUGCUGAUUUCCAUUCAUGUGUUACAGUUGCCGUAAAAGGUGGUAUUGAGACUAAAGCGAUUGAGGAGAUCAAAAGUGAUGGUGUCUUGCCCCUUCUUUUUCAAGCUCUAGAGAAGACCAUAGUUGAUGAAACAGAAGUCACUCAUGGAAGUAUCAGUGAAAUUUUAGAAUUUACACAUGGCAAAAUAGCCAAAGCUCAUGUUGUUCGAAUGCAGGCAACUGAGUCUCAAAAAAUAUUUCAAGAAACGUUUUCUGAUAGAGGAAGUUUCUCAGAUUUGUAUGUUAUAUAUAUUUGGCGUAUAUUGAAGAUUUACAGCAUUGAGCAGAGUGACAGUGAUGAAGUAUCAGUGGUGUGUUUGUCAGAUAUCUUGGAAGAGUCGGGUAGGUUUGUUAAUAUUAUGCCCAUGAAAGAAAUAAGUGAAAAGGAAAGUAAAAUACAGAUGUCAUCAAUGAAGCAUUCCUUGAUGACACAGAAGAGGGAAGGAAUUUCAAAUGAGCAAACUUUUGAAUGGGCUGAUUUUAGAAUUGGUCAGGUGUACAGGAAUGGUGUGGUUUUCUUAACAAAUAUGUGUGAUUGGAUUGAAAAACUAAAGGAGAUCUCUCGAGGUGUCUGCAAUUUGGAGGUGAAGAAGUAUGUUAAGUUUUCCCCUUCCCUUGGCACAACGUAUGGAUUGCAGUUGAAGGAAGGAUUGAAGGUAUUCAAUAAAACAGAGGAAGUCAGCUACAUUCGUGUCCGUGUAGUAAGAGUAGCAGGUCCUAUGGCAUGCGUGUAUGGUAUAGACACUGGCAUAGUUUUAGCAAUUGAGAUUGGUCAGCUUAUCCUCCUUCCUGCAGCUUUGCUAAAUACUCUGCCUUGUGGAAGACUAGCAUGUUUACCAGUGGUUCCAGCACCAAAUGCUGAUAUAGCAGUCCCUACACUCAGGGUGUUGGUUUCAUUAGCAUAUGAAAGAAGUUUAGCACAAGAGCUAGUAUCAGUUGAUUGUAGCAACCUUAUGGUGUGGAUGCAGGUCCCAAGAAUAGCACUAAAUGUACUGCAUCUGUUCAAGCGUCUACUACGUAUAUCUUUAGGCACUCCACUAUUAUAUGACAUUUGCACUGCUGUUUCAGAUUACCUAUUAAGAGUGACUCACAAGCAAGAAAAGGAACAUUUAAACAUGGCCCUGUCAUUAUUGACAUCUGCAAUGGAAAUGUCUCCCGAGAUUCGCCUAUUUCUUGCCAAAGAGGGGACUUUUGUUACACUGUGUGACCUAGGCCUGAGACUUGGCAGCCUCCAGAUAUGGGAUUCUCUUAGAAUGCUUAUAGGAGGGAAAGAGGUUGUGGAAAGCUGUCUUGCUGAUUUUACCAAGAUAUCACAGAUGCACAGUAGAAGAAAUUUUAAAUCGUGGAAACUGGAUGUAGACCCAUUAAGAACUGCAGGAAAUCAUAAUUCAAAUGACCCUUCUCCAGCUGUUCUUAAGGUAGCUGCCAUUCCUACUCUAGAUCGUAAUUGGGACCUGGAAGUAAGGAGUGCUAUUCAUACACGUCAACUUGUUCCAUAUCGUAAUUCCAGUGGAUGGUGCUGGAAAAAACAGGAAGUUAUAACUGCUAAUAUUGAAAAAUUCCAUUAUGGUCAUAAAGUGGGUGUCCAGAAUGAUGAAACUCACCAUAUUAUUCUUGAUAGGAGUGUAGCAAAUAUUCGCAUGAACACCCUUCUUCAAAUUAUUCUGGGUAUGUUGAAUACAGGCCUUGGAGGGAAGAUAUAUAUUGGGUUAAAUCAUUUAGGUGUUAUAAAAGGAGUCAAGAUGACAAGAAAUCAGCGGGAUUGUCUAAUGCUUGGGUUUUCAAAGUUGGUAACAUCAGAAAUAUUUCCCAUGGUACUUCCCUGUGAUUCCUUGAUCCAGUUUAUCUCAGUUACGCACGUUGGGUCGUUGCCACCUUCUGUUCAUGCUGAUGAUUCGGGAUCUGUGUCACUUAACAUGGAAGCAUUCGUUGUGAUCCUAACGGUCCGGCCACAACCUAAUACAUUGUAUCGCUACCGUAGUGAUCCUGAAAUGAUUUUUAUCCGUGAAGGAGGGAUUACAAACAACAUCAGUAUGCAGCGUGAGUCGCAACGCAGUAAUGCUAUAAUGAGUAGAAAUGAGGCUUUACAGAAAGAAUUGUAUCUAGAGAAACAAGCAUUAUUGAAACUUAUUCUUUCAAAAUAACUUAAAUAAUCACAGUGUGAUUUUAAACAACCUUUUCUUGAAAAAAACUAUCUUUUGUGUAUUUGCAUAAUAUGUUACUGUAUAAACAUGAAACAAAAAUGAAAGAAUGUUGAAUUCUGUAUAUUCUAUAUAAAAUUUAAUUGGAGCUGAUUUAUAUUCAUAGAAUUUCACAAGAGGCCGUCAAGUUUGUUCCAAAAUGAGGGUUGGAGACUAAAGGUUAACAGUUUGCAUUAAUGUAAGGUGAAAAGGUGUAAAUUAAAAGACAAAGCGAUGCAGUCAGAAUUAUUGGGACUGCAAGUUAUGUUUCAUAACUAUCUACAGCACUUUUCAAGUACAUGGCAAACAUUUACCAUUGUAAUUGUAUAUAAAGUUCUGUAAUAUAUUUCUUUCAUGUGAGUAAAUAUCAAACGUAAAGAAUUGUAUUUACAUCAAAUGGAAUAUUAAAGUUUAUCAAAAGAGUUAAAGGAAAUUUUAAGGGCAAAAAUUGUAACAUUCAUGUGUCAUUGUUGCAAUGUAAGAAGUGCGAUUCAGUACACAUCUGUUCACUGCCAAUUACAAAAGCUUUGAAAUCUAGUUUUGUUGACUGUACUUUUGUUAGCACUGUUGAAUAUUUUUGUUAAUGCCAAUUUAUUGACUGCAUCAUGUUUCAGUUUAAGAAACUGAUGUUCAAUAUUUUUUUUUCCACUUUUGUGUUUAAUAAUAAUAAUAAUAAUAAUAAUAAUAAUAAUAAUAAUCUUAAUACUUGUUGAAAAGCAUGGCUGCAUUUUGCAAGCUUAUCUUAAACAGGAUGUUUUUCUAUUUUCUUCAUAAUACACUUUUCAAGCUGAGCAAUGUUGGUCAGCAGCUGACCAGUAAUGAUAAUGGAAAAAGACAGCGUGGAUUCCUUGUGGUUUCAUUCAGUGGUCUGGAUUCUGGUUCUAGUUCAGGUUGUGGUACCGUUGACGUGUUUCGAUCAGCUCAAUGGUCAUCCUCUGGACAUGGUUGAGAAGGAACUAGAGAAACAACGCACCCAGGUUGGUAUAUGUAGGGGGUGUCUUGAUCAGUGCUGAAUUAUGAUUGGCUGGCGGGGGCUGGUCACCUCGGAUGAAGCCUGUUCUCCCGUGUUGAUGUUUGGGCUUGUCUUAUAUGCAAGCAUCAUUGUAGUGCUGGGGAUGAAUGGGAGAAUUUCGAUCCUCAGAUGCAGAAUUUUUAUUCACUUGCUCGCUAUGGGGGCCGCUCGGUGCAGGUCUCCUGGUGGCCAUGGGUAAGAGAAAGGUUUCCUUUGUAAUGUUGAGGGUUGGUUUCUCCUUCCCAAUGUGCAAUGCUUCCAGGAGGUGCAGGCAGCGGUAAUUCUCCAGAAAAGCCAUAUAUAAUCUCGAAUAUAGAAAUAAUUGACCGGACUGCGGACCACCGCUGCCUGCACUUCCUCAAAGAAUUGCACAUUGGGAAGGGGAAACCAACCCUCAGCAUUACACAAGAAACUUUUUUCCUCCCCACUGUCACCAGGAGACCUGCUCCCAGUGACCCCUGUAGAGAGUGAGCAAAUCAAAAUUCUGCAUCUGAGGAUCAAAAUUCUCCCACUCAUCUCCAGCACUACAAUGAUGCUCACAUAUAAGGCGAACCCCAAAAUCAACAUGAGAGAGCAGUCUUUGUCCAAGGUGACCCACUAAGGGCAGCCAAUCAUAAUUCAGCACUGAGCAAGAUCCCUCUAUAAAUAUCGACCUGAGAGCCUUGUUUCUCCAGAUCCUUCUUAAUCACAUCCAGAUGAUGACCUUCGAGCUAGUCGAAACAUGUCAAUGGUACCAAAACUUGAACUAGGAGAACCAGAAUCAAGACCACGAAGGAAUCCCCCAAUUUCUUAUUGAAUAUUUUAAAUAAAAAUAUUUCCCCCAUUCCACGCUGUCCUCUUCCAAUAUGAAUAUUGCUGGUCAACGUUGUUGAGCCUGAAAGUAAAUUAUAAGGAAAAUAGAAAAAAAUCCUGUUCAAGAUAAAUUUGCAAAAUAGUCAUCCUUUUCAACAAGACUUGUUUGAAAGAUGGUCUACUUCCUUCAAACAAUAAUAAUGUGAAAUUUAAACUUUUGAUUCAAAGGUAUUGACAGCUGUAGUUUUGCAUCUCUCCAAACCUUAUGAUUAUACUGAAGUUGAUUUCCUUAGAGCUUAGCAUGUCACUUUGUUUCUGUAAGUAGCUUAUAGUCUAAGUAUGGACUUGAUAUACAGUACAUGAUAAAGCUAAUAUCAUUUAAUGGAAUGUAAUUAUAAUUUUGUUAAUCAGAAAUAUGGUGCAUUUUAUAUUUACCAAAGGUUUCAAACAAGGAUUUUUAUUAUCCUUGGCUCAAGUAGAUUACAAUAAAAAAAUUUCGUAAAUUUUUGUAUGCCAUACAAAAUGCUGUAACACACAUAAAAUGCCCUGCAUACACACAAACACAAAUUUGAAUGAAAUGUGUAUAAGACAGGAGAGAUUACUUGUGCAACCAUAUAUUAAAGUGUUAAAGGUCAUGAAAAUUUAAACAAAUCAAGAACAAAGUUGAAAAUUAUAUAAAUGUUCAGAUAUUUAAGAUAAAAUUAUUCAAAAGCUUAAAAAUAUCAUCUUCUUUAUGUGGCAUUCAGCUGUAAUAAUUGAGAUUGUUUUCAUGACAUUCAGUGUAAUAACUUGAGAUUUUGGCUGCUUGGUGGCUUUGGUUUGGCAGUUUAUUCAAACAUUCAUGUAUACUGUACGAGUUAUUUGCAUUAUUCAAAUAUUCAUGUAUAUUAAAUGAGUUAUCUAUGUAUCAGUAAGGACACCAAGGCCAAAACCCGGAACAGCAUUUUGUACAACUUUAUUGGACGUUUCGAGUAGUACUAUCACUCGUUAUCAACCUAUAAAAUUAAAAUGAAUGACAUUAUAGUUCUUGCAAUCAAAUUCACAAUAAUAAAAUGACAUGUAUAAAAAUUAUGAGUACAUUAAAGAUAGCUAAUACUUAAAAAAAAUUAAAAUAAAAAAAUGGCUAAAUGAAACAACUGAGUAGAUAAAAUAAAAUAAAGCAGAAUGCAAAUUUAAGUCACAAAAACGGAUGGUACAAAAGAACAGUAAACAUACUAAGUUGAUAUACAAACCAGCAGGAUGCAGACUAAAAACACAAAAGUGAGGUAACAGCUACAUUUCUAGCCUAGAAAGGCUUUAUUUUAACAGAAUAUAAAACCUCUAAAAUGUUGAGGUCUGUAGCAAACUGGGGCAGAGGUUAAAAUACAAAAAUCAUCGAUAUGUAAAGGGUGACCAGACUCCUUGCUGUGUUCCCUAAUUGCACUAUAACUAGGUCUUGAAAGAUAAUUGCCUGUACGAAAUGACCUACCAAGCUGUUGAAACCAUCUGAUCUGGUAGUUUUUCCAAUGUAAGUGGCAUCACAACCACUGCAUUGCCAUUUAUAAAUCAGAUUGGACCGAAGGCCACUUUUAAAUUUUAAUUUUUUUUAAGUACUAUUAGCUGUCUUUUAACGUA